AAUGCUGAUACAAAUCAUACUACUUUGAUACCAUCAUAUCAAAGAGUAAUAUGAUUCGUAUCAAGACGAUAAAGACACGGAUUUUAUAGGUUCUAUAACCGUGGAUUUUGUACUGUAACCUAGAGCAUAUACUGGCUGAUGUGCGACAUAUCUUACUUCAGAUUUCAUGAUAGUACAAUUAGCACUAAUGAGUGAAGUGUUGAAUAGACACAGUUAAUCCCCAUAAUUAUCAACUCGUUGAAAAUGUUCCACCACGAUGAUUUAAGGCCCGAUUAAUGCAGAGUGUCCCCUGUUUCCACCGAGAAAUAUUAGAAUGAAACAGGCAUAAAUGAGACGUGUUAUUCUUGUGUAUACGAAAUAUAAACAAACCAGUAAAAGGAAAUAAAUACAAAACUGAAUUGCGUGAGAUGAUGGGAUGCCAAACUCCAAAAAACAGAGAGAGAGAGAGGCAGAGGAAGACAGAGCAAACACUAUAUAUAAGCUUCCCCUGCACUCACCUUCUCAUUGCUCACGCUUUUGUUGCAUUGCAUUGUUUUGCAUUACAGCAGAAGGAGCCACAGAGGCACGUGAAUGUGCCUUCUUGUAGCCUAACUCAAUAGAUCAAAACCCUCCUCAAAGUGAAACAAGAAAACAAAAGAAUCAAUCAAUCAAUCAUCCAUCUCCAUUUGAUUGGAUUGAAUGAAAAUGGCGGGUUGGUGGUCAUCCGAUUCUUUCGACCAAGCGAAGCCGUAUCUGGGUGUGAUCUUCAUGCAGCUCUGCUCUGCUGGAAGCUCCAUCAUCUCAAAGUUUGCUCUCAACCAAGGCAUGAGCCAGCAUGUGUUUGUUGUCUACCGAUACGCCAUUGCCACUGCUGUGAUUGCUCCCUUCGCGUUUUUCGUCGACAGGAAGGUGAGGCCAAAGAUGACUCUAGGGAUCUUCUUCAAGAUAGCACUCCUUGCUUUCUUAGAGCCAGUCGUCGAUCAGAACCUGUACUACACUGCAAUGAAGUACACCACAGCAACAUUUGCAGCUUCCAUGAACAGUAUUAUGCCUGCCUUUGCAUUCCUCAUGGCUUGGGCCUUGGGGCUGGAGAGGGUUAGAUUGAGGAAGUUUCACAGCCAGGCUAAGAUCAUAGGCACCAUAGUGACAGUUGGAGGAGCCAUGGUGAUGGCUUCCAUGAAAGGAGCUAGGCUUGAUCUACCAUGGACCAAAGGGAUUCCUGACCAUUCUUCAUCUUCUUCAGCUGCUCCAGAGCAUCCUAUCAGGGGUGCUCUCAUGAUCGCCAUCGGCUGCGUUUGCUGGGCUGGUUUUGUCAAUCUCCAAGCGAUCACAUUGAAAUCGUACCCGGGGAAGCUGUCCCUAACAGCUCUAAUAUGCAUGAUGGGAGCAAUGGAGGGAUCAGUAGUGGCAGUAGGUCUGGAGUGGAAGAACCCUUCAGCAUGGACUAUUGGUUUCGACACCAAGUUACUAGCUGCUUUCUACAGUGGGAUUAUGUCGUCAGGGGUACUGUACUCGAUUCAAGGACUAGUGAUGCAGAGAAAGGGACCGGUUUUCGUAACGGCAUUCGGCCCUUUGGUCAUGGUGAUCGUGGCCAUCUUGGGUUCCCUUUUCUUGUAUGAGAUUCUUUACUUGGGGAGGGUAGUGGGAGCGGUGGUGAUAGUGACAGGAUUGUACAUGGUGCUGUGGGGGAAGACUGGAGAUGACGAGAAAGGCAGCAAUGGCAUUGCUACAAUUAACGACAAAUUAGUGGCUGCUGAUCAUCUCCCCAUUGCUAAUGCUGAUUCAUCAGUGGAAGCCACGAACGUCGAGAAGAUAGAAAGCAAGCAUGAACAGAUCAAUGGUGGGGAAGGAUUUGUUUCCAUUGAGCUGCCCAAGAUCUGAUUAAAAGAGAGGAUUGAGAAAGAAGAGAGAAAGGAAGACAGGGGAAGAGGAGUCCUCUGUCUGUACUCUGUACUCCUUGCCUUGGAUGGUGGGGGGUGAAAUACCAAAUUCUCUGCCAUUUUCUCGAUUUAGGAGGAACACAGAAAGCUUCACUCCAUGUAACCUUCGUCCUCCUUUCCCGCCAUAGAAUAGAAGGAAGGACAAAACUUCCGACUGUUUAGGUUCAGCCGUGGCAUUUUGGUCGGGUUGAUCCCUCUAACCACAACCUUGCUCUGUUUUUGUUUUCUCUAUGUAGUUCUUGGUCAAUUUGUUUAUUCCUUUAAUUUUCCGUUUUGAUAAGAAAACGGGAGAGGAUAGGAAUGGAAUUGCAAAUAUGUUCUCAACUAUGAAUAUAUUGUAUUAUGUAUGGCAUUUACUUCGUGUUUGGUCGAUUGUCGGUUGCUAUUUUCAUGUUAUGUUAUAAACGUAAAAUGUGUUUUUGAUGAAUGUAAAUGUACACAAGUUAGUGGAAAAUGGACAUGCAUUGCAUUCUUUUUAUGCUAUUUUUUUUUUCUUUCUAGUGUCUUGAUCUAACUUUUCUGUGUGAGGAUGAUUCAUCAAACACAACCAUCGUCUUAUCAAAGACAAAUUGUCUAGCGGCCUUAGUGCAUAUUUAAGUCUUGGAAUAUUCCAAACGUCCAUCAAUAAUGGAAACAUGUAAAGGUUUGGGUUAGGAGCAGAAACCCAUCUAGUAGAUUAUCAAUGGAAAGGGUGACAAUCAAUACCCAAUAGGGUAACAUAGAUGGUGAUAUAAUUGAUUAAGAUGUCCACCAAAAUUUCAAAACUAAACAAAAACUCUUUCAUCUCUUUAACUUGUAACAUGUAAAGUUAGUUCCAAAAGCAACAAAUGAAAUUUAGAAGAAAUUCAAAUUUGGGGUUUCAAUUGCAAUCUGAUUGGAAAUUGUGCCAAUGUUUGAUACGAUACAUUCAUCACUUGACUUGGAGUUCGUAAAUGUCGUCAUAAUGUGAGCUUUUAAUCAAUAUAAGAAAUCAAAAGAACUUGAACAAAAAAUCUCACAACCAAACCAAUUUUACUUGACUUGGAGUUCGUAAAUGUCGUCAUAAUGUGAGCUUUUAUAUCACUUUUUUCGCAACUACAAAAUACAGAAUUCAUUGUGAUCACAAUGAAUUACAGAAUCCGUACCAACAAACUCAUAUCAACAAUUGCUCAAGUAGUGGCAAAUUAGCAAACGGCAAAGACUUGAAUCAUUGUAUAACCCAUUCUUCCAUUAUCGCAGCCCAUUUUAAGGCCCAUUUCAUUGGGAUGAAUAGGGACUAGGGAUGGCAACAAAACCCGAACCCACGGGUACCCACCCGAUCCAACCCGGUCAACGCGGGUAAAAUCCGUGUUGACGGGUUUUGGGCCGGGUUCGGGUUUAAACCCACUACACUAUUCAUCGGGUCGGGUUGGGUUUGGGUUUAAGUAAACCCGCCCCAUGGGUACCCGCUCACACACAUAUAAUUACUUUCCCGGUAUAUUUAAUAUUCUAAAUAAUAUAUCUUUCUUAAACAACUAAUAUUCUAUAUGUUUGUGGAGGCAUGUAUAAUUUAUUCUUUCUAAUUGUUUAGAAUGAAGUUGAUAUUAUGAAGUGGAGAGUGAAGAAACUUAGUUGACGAGGAAGAAUCUUUCAAUUAAUCUUAUUGUUUAUAUAUGUUUAUCUUUAAUUUUGAAUAAUUUGUAUUGAUCAUUUGCGCUUUGCUUGUAUGCUCUAGAUUGGUGUUUUUUGUAUGUUUAAUUUGUAUGAGAAAAUUGACGUUAAACUUGAAUUUUGAAAGAAACUUGUUAUUGUAAA